GUGUAUUUUUGGGUUUUGUUGCAGGAGAGAGAUGGAGAGAUGGAAAUUAAAUCUUUUGGUGGGACUUCUAGCCAUCCUUUUGUCCUGCUGUUAUGCUGAAGUGAACUACUGCUUCGCCUCCCGGGCCAAGUCCUGCUCAGAGUGUCUGCAGGCAGGAGUAGGAUGUGCCUACUGUCCUGAAGAGGCAUUUAACGGUCCUCGUUGUGACUUCUAUAAGAACAUCCUGGCCCACGGCUGCAGUGAGGCAGCUGUCAUCACAGCUAAAAGCAGUUGGAGUGUGGAUGCAAACCAAAGAAUCAACACGAAGCUUCAGCAGGCUCAGGUGUCGCCACAGCUGGUCAGCAUGACCUUUCUGCCUGGGGAGGAAAGAUACAUGGAUGUGGAGGUGUUUGCUCCAACCAAAGGCCCGUUGGAUCUUUAUAUUCUCAUGGACUUCUCAAACUCCAUGAAAGACGAUCUGGACAAUUUAAAGAGAAUGGGCAACGACCUGGCUACUCUGGUCCAGAAGAUGUCCAAUGAUCCCACCAUUGGGUUUGGAAAGUUUGUAGACAAAGUUAUCGAGCCCCAGACUGACAUGAGACCGUCCAAACUGAAGAAGCCGUGGCCCAACAGCGACCCUCCCUUCUCUUUUCAAAACGUCAUCAAACUAACAAGUGACAUCGGCUCCUUCAUCAACAAGCUGCAGAGGGAGAACAUAUCUGGCAACCUGGAUGCUCCUGAAGGAGGAUUUGAUGCCAUCUUACAGGCAGCUGUGUGUAAGGAUAAAAUCGGGUGGCGCGAGCACAGCACACACCUCCUGGUUUUCUCCACCGAGUCAGAUUUUCACUACGAGUCUGACGGCAUGAACGUGCUGUCAGGGAUCCUGAAGCGUAACGAUGAGCUCUGCCACCUGGAUGAUGAGGGCAAAUACACCGAAGCUACGAAACAAGAUUACCCCUCAAUCCCCACGCUAGUCCGUGUGUUGGGCAACAAUAACAUCAUCCCCAUCUUCGCCAUCACCAACCACUCCUUCAUCCAUUACAGUAUGCUGAAAGAGUAUUUCCCCAUCGCUGAGGUGGGUCUGCUUCAAGAAGACUCGUCCAACAUCCUGGACGUCAUGGAGACUGCCUUCGAGAGUAUUCGAUCYAAGAUGAGCAUCCGAGCAGAGAACAAGCCCAAGGCUUUCGAGGCUCAGUUCUUGAAAACCAGCGGGGAAGUUUCACAGUAUGGCAACUUUAACGUCAAGCCUGGAGAGAUUGGGAAAUUCAGGAUGCGUCUCAAAGCCCAGCGAAUCAUCAACAAAGAGCCUGUGUGUGACAUAAAMUCUGGUGAGAGGGACGGCACGAUCAGAGUCAAACCAUCAACCUUCAGCAGUGCUGUGAACGUGCAGGCCUCAGUUUUAUGUCCAACCUGUGACUGUGAGAAGACGUCUGUCCCUAACGCAGCCCGAUGCCACGGCCACGGAGCCCUGGUGUGUGGCAGGUGUCAGUGUGACGCUGGAUGGCUGGGAACCUUUUGUAACUGCUCAGCCAGUGCCUCAGCUCUGGACACAAACCAGUGCAUUGGACCUGGUAUGACAGAACCUUGCUCGGGCCGUGGAGACUGUCUGGCCUGUGGAACCUGUGUUUGCUACAACCCAGACCAGUUUGAAGGACCCUACUGUCAGUACGACAAGACCCAGUGUCAACGCUUCGCUGGCUUCCUCUGCAAUGACUGUCCAGGUGCCGGUCUUCUCUGGUUGCUGCCACUCUUCCUUUUCCUCCUGCUGUUGUUGGCUCUGCUGUUGCUGUGCUGCUGGAAGUACUGUGCCUGCUGCAAAGCCUGUUUGCAGAGUUGUCUGGCCCUGCUGCCUUGUUGUGGGAGAGGGCGCAUGGUUGGCUUUAAGGAAGACGAGUAUUUGCUCCGUCAGUCUCUGCUCACCUCAGACCAUUUGGACACACCAAUGGUGAGGACGGGCCCACCAAAAGGAACCGACGUAGUUCGCUGGAGAGUCACAGAUAACGUUCACCGCCCCCCCAAUCACCCCCAAGCUCUGAUKAAACCCAACCCUAAUGAGAUGAUCCAGUUUCCGAUCUCGCUCCGACUCAAGAGGUUGUUCUCUGAGAACUUCUCUCACCCCGAAUCAAGAGAUGCUGAGCAGCUUCGCAUGGAGGUGGCGGAAAACUUAAACCAGGUGUACAAGCAGAUUCCUGGGGCACAGAAGGUGCAACAGACCUCGUUCAGAAUGCAGAAAAAUGCAGGAAAAAGGCAGGACCACACCAUCGUGGACACAGUUUUACCUGCUCCCAGAAGCACUUACCAAGAUAUCAUUAAACUCACUGAGAAGACUGUUCAGUCUGGAAACUUCAGUYACCUGAAAGUGAUGCCAGGCUACUACACUGUAGCCUCAGACAGAGAGGCUGAUGGGGCCGUGGAGUUCCAAGAGGACGUGGAGUCUUUAGAUGUUCACGUACCACUUUUUGUCAAAGAUGAAGAUGACGACAAGAAACAGCUGCAAGUGGAGGCCAAGGAUGUGCCACUGGGCAUUGCGGAGAUUGSAAAACGUUUUGUCAACAUCACCAUCAUCAAAGAGCAUGCCACCAGCGUCUUCUCGUUCCUCCAGCCCAGUUACACCUACAGCAGGCAGGAUGGAGUGGCCAACAUUCCAAUCAGCAGAGAGAUCAUAGAGGAUGGACGCACACAGGUCACCUACCGUACACGAGACCAGACAGCCAAGGAUAAGAAGGAUUAUAUAAAUGUAGAAGGAGAUCUGUCCUACGGUCCUGGUGAGACUCAGAAGGUGGUUCCUGUCCGUCUUCUGGAGCUGAGUGAAAAGGAUGCCUUGUUAGAAGACAAACCGGUCAAACAGUUUGUCAUGGACCUCAGUAACCCACGGCAAGGUGCCAAACUAGGACGCUACCCGAGAACUACMGUCACCAUCGCAGACCUGCCAGAACCAAGUGUGAUGACGUUCAAGAAGGGCACCCAGAACUUCAGUACAUCAGAUCCAACUUACACCAUCCCUGUGGUCCGCACUCGUAACCAAGACAGUCCUGCUACUGUGAAGUGGCGCACCAAGAAGGCUCAGCGCUUUGAUCUUUCUGGUCCCCUCACGUUUGGUCCUGGAGAAACUGAAAAGAACAUAGUGAUUGACCCAAGAGCCCACCCUGGACCAAUCCAACCKGAGACCUUUCAGCUGGAGCUGUUUGAACCCAGUACUGGUGCUAUGAUUGGAGAACGGAAGACCACCCUCGUCAAUGUUACAGAUGGAGUUCCAAGAUCUCCAGAAAUAGCCCAGUUGCAGAAGAAAGGCUUCAUAAACCAGAAAGCCACAUCCCCUGGUGGACACCUUCUUUCCCCAGAGAARCUAAAGGCUAAAGCAACUGGUCCCAGAAACAUCCACCUGAACUGGGAUCCACCACCUGGUAACCCACUGGGAUACAAGGUGAAGUAUUGGAUCUAUGGUGACCAAGAGAAAGAUGCCAAAGUCUUAGAUGUAAAGACUCCUCAAGCCGAGCUGACAAAUUUGUACCCCUACUGUGAUUAUGAGAUGCGAGUGUGUGCCUAUAAUGCAACAGGAGAUGGUUACGAUACAGACAUGGUUUCCUGUCAAACACUGGAAGAUGUUCCUGGUGAACCUGGACGCCUGGCCUUUAACGUCAUCAGUCCAACCGUCACUCAGGUCAGCUGGGCAGAGCCUGCAGAGACCAAUGGCAACAUUACAGCCUAUGAAGUCAUCUACACACCCAUUGAUGAUGAACAGAAGCCAGUGGGAGCAGCUAAGAAAGUGAAGAUUGACAAUCCCAAGAAACGGAUGCUGUUGAUUGAAAACCUCCAAAAUGGUCAAACUUACCAGUACAAAGUCCGUGCUAAAAACAGCGUGGGCUGGGGUCCCUUCAGAGACGCCACCAUUAAUCUGGCAUCCCAGCCUGCCAGACCCAUGUCCAUUCCCAUCAUUCCAGAUGUUCCUAUUGUGGACGCAGAGGCAGGAGAUGAGUACGACAGCUACCUGAUGUACAGCAAUGAUGUGCUGAAGUCGCCAACAAGCUCCAAAACACCAAGUGUCUCUGGAGAUGAUUACAUGAUGAAUGGGAAGUGGGAGCAGAACUURCUUUUCCCUGGAGGGUCAUCGACACGGAACAUGUCAUCUUCAUCCUCUCCGAUGUCCACUUUGAGCUCCAACUACAGAGGAGCAGGAGGUUCCUUCACCACAGAGACUCACACUACCUACAUGUCUGGAGCUGGGGGCACUCGGAGGCAGGAGUUGAUUGAAGGAGGACUGCACACGACUGACGUCAUCAUGAGGAAGCGAUCAGAGAACAGAGGUUACACAGAUGAACAUAUCCGUGACUCUAUUGUGAUGGGAGAUCUGUCCAGCAACUUCUCAGAUCUUACGCCAUCCGGUGGCUUCAGCUAUUCCGGGCUUCAGAGCAGCUCUCACAGCCAGUUCAGCUACAGCCUGUCUCAGGGGUCCAGAACCAGGAGUCCGUCCUCUGACGUGAACGAAGCCCUGUACAGUCUGGACAGAGUGCUCCAGGAUGCUCGACUCUCUCCUGGUGUGCCAGAAACUCCCAGCAGACUGGUGUUCUCUGCUCUGGGACCAACGGCGCUUAAAGUCAGCUGGCAGGAGCCGCGCUGUGAGAAGGACAUCCUGGGAUACUGUGUCCUCUACCAGCUGCUCAGUGUUGAGCGCACCUUCCAGGUGAACGGUGACAGCCCUGAGACCAGUCUGACUGUUCCCAACCUGACUGAGAACGUUCCUUAUAAGUUCAAGGUUCAGGCUAGAACCACGCAGGGCUUCGGUCCUGAGAGGGAGGGCAUCAUCACUAUAGAGUCUCAAGAUGGAGGUGCCUUAUCUCAGUACAACCAAUCAAUGAUGAGGAGGGAGGUUUUCCACAUGCCAACAGAAGUCACCACACGAACCAAUGUGUCCCACACCAUGCUCAAUGACCCCUACUUCUCAGAUGGCAUGAUGAUGACCACGCAGCACACAGAGAGCAGUGGCAUGGUCAGCCGUCAGAUCACCAGAGAGGUGGUCCAGAGGAGCGUCAUGGGAGGAGGAGGAGCUACUGUCACAAAGAAAAUGUUUUAUGAGUCCUAAGAACUUUUUUUUAAAUUACGCCCACAUUACCAUUCAGACAUCAGCACUCAAAACAUCUGAUGGYAGAAAUAACCAGUGUGUAUGAAAUGAAAAAACAUCUGCAACCAGACUGAAACAAACCAAACGACACUUCUUUAUGUCUGUUACAAACUUUGUGUGGCUUUUGUUUAUAAAGUGUGUUAUACUGAAGCAUGAUGAUGGUUUAUUUUCAUUGGUUUUUAGAUUUUUACAUUUGAAACUGGAGGUGAAAAUCAGCACAAAAUCAUGAACAGUAUUCAUUCAUUCAUAUUACCUGCUGACAUUUAAGAGYUGAAAGUUUAUAACUCAAAUGAUCAAAACUAUUUUAGAUAAAACAUGCUUGUGGAUUGCAGAUGUCGUUUAGUUGAUAUUUUUCUUUUCGCUCUCCUGCUAAUCUGUUCAGUAUUUUUGUAUUAAGAGACAAAAAGUGUUUAUCAAAGAAAUGUGUGAAGACUGGAAGAUUGUACUUUGCUUUUGCUGCAGGUUUUCCUUUACUUUGGCUUCAUUUGUUGAACAGCUUUUAUAAAACACAGUUUCACAGAAUUUUAUUAAAUAAGYAAACAGUAAAAGGAUCUGUUGUUAAACGUUUUAUUAAAAAGAUCUGUAAAAAUGAUCACACUCUUCCAUCAGUAUGUUAUUGUUUACUUGUAAGCACUUUUCCCCAUGUUUUCUGUUUUGCUGACGUUAUAUUGCACCUAAUAAAGAAUUAUAAAAAAAGAA